AUGGGCAGUAUCGACAUCGGCCUUAUAGUAGGCACGGUUGCUUUGUUCCUCAUUAUCAUCACAUCCAUCUUUGUCGCCAGAGGCCUUGAAGGGCGUCAUCAAGCCAGGGGCGCGCUGCGCAGAGCCGAAGAUGGCAACGUGGCGAACCAGGAUGAACAUCAUGCAGCUCAAGAGGCGAGAAUCGCUGGGCUUGCGCAGCCAGAACCUGUUCAACUGCGUCAAGAGAACUUCUGGGAACGUAGCACGCAGGCUCUCAAACACCGCGUAGAGCGAUUCAAGUGA